ACAGGGAGGUAAGUACCUCAGAAUUCCACUACUAAGAAACACUUUUAAGCAAAAUGUACAGCGUUAGACCAUUGAGUAAAGGAUCUAAGGUUAGACUUAUGUUCCUAUCACUUAUUGUAACGAUGCAAAGGUGCAAUACAAAGGAAUUGCCUUCUUUCAUUCACGUUUGUCAAAGGGAUGAUCCAAAUCUGGUUGAAUGUUUAAUAGCAUCCGCUGAAGAUUUAAGACCGUACCUGGCAAAAGGGGUGCCGGAAUGCAACAUACCCAGCAUCGAACCACUUGUAAUGAAUGAACUAAUUUCGGAACAAUCGGUUGGCCUUUCUUUAACAGCCAAUAAUGUAAAAACGUACGGAUGUAGUAGUUACACAGUUACAUCCUUAAAAGUCAAUAUGGAUGAGCAGACGUACGAGUUCGAUACUGAGUUUCCCUUACUGAGCAUCGAAGCCCAGUACAACGUGUCAGGGAAGCUGCUGAUGAUGCCUGUCAACGGUGCAGGUCCAUUAUAUGCAAAUCUCACAAAUUGUAAAUCGAAGACUAUGCUUAAAGGCGAGUUGUACGACAGGGAUGGUGAAACAUACUUAAGGUACAAGGAUUUAUCGCUACACAUUCAAAUUGGAGGUGGAAGUAUAAAGAUAGAAAAUUUGUUCCGCGGGGACAAAUUUAUAAGUGAUAUAGUACACGAGAGCCUUAACAAAAAUUUGAACGCCUUCUUAGUGGAACUAAUGCCAGCGGUGGAGCGCGCCCUUGCUUCGACAUUUCUUGAAGUAGGCAACAAAAUUGUUCAUCCAUACACUUACAAACAACUAUUUCCGUAUUAAGAUUUAUCUGCUGUUAAUAAGUACGCUGAAAUUUUUCCUCUCCUUAGCGACAAAUGAAGAAAUUAAAUCUAUUCAUAUUUU